AUGUCACAACAAAACGAAAGAACCCUCUACUUUGCGAGUUUGUGCCAACAGCUCUACAAUCCCAAAUCUCCCGAAGAACGCAACCAAGCACAAAAGAUACUUGAGCACUCAUUCCCCACCUUUACCGACACUAAUGGACUACCUCCUGCUGGCGUCGAUACCCAAGAUAUCAGCACACCCAUGGACACAGCAUAUGCUUUGCGUGUUCUGCUGGAAAGCUCCCCAGACCCAUACGUAUUAACUUUUGCGCUCUCUCGUUUGAAGCAACUAGUGCAAGCUCAAUUUGCUUUAUUCAAUCAAGAUGCCAAAAUUCAGCUACGUCAAUUUUUACUACAGUACGCGUUCAUGCAUCCUGAUCUGUUACCAUUUAUCGUCACUCAGUUAGCAGGUGUAUUGGCUGUGAUUACGCUGUUGGGUUGGGCUGAUGUAGAGCAGUACAAGAAUGUUCACAAGGACAUUUUGGAAUUCAUUCAGGCUUCUGUUGAUCAUCGUAUAGUUGGCAUGCAGAUAUUAGCAGUAAUGGUGCAAGAUAUCAAUCCUCCCAGCUUCGCUAGAAGCGCUGCCAAGUUUAGAAAAGCAGCUGGCGAAUUUCGUGAUACUCAAUUGCUUAAUAUUUGUGAAACUGCAUACAAGACUUUGGAAGAGUUAGUGCAACACUCUAUAGGAUUUACGUCAAGCGAGCAAGAACAGCGCUUGCAAGAAGCAACACUCAACCUGAUGACAAAGUGCUUUUCGUACGAUUUCAAUGGAACCAGCGUAGAUGAAUCUGGAGAGGAUAUUGGCAUCAUUCAAAUCCCUGCUUCCUGGAGAUCCUUGUUCGAAAACCCUGAAUUUUUGAAUACCAUGUUUAGAGCAUACAAAGAAUUCCCUCCACCAAGAUCAUCCAAAGUCAUGGAAUGCCUGGUUCAAAUUGCCUCUGUCAGAAAGACCCUCUUUAACGACCAAGAAGAAAGAUCCAAGUUUGUUGUCAAAGUUAUGCAAGGCAUCCGCGAGAUUAUUGUCGCUUCACAAGGGUUGAAUGAUACGGAUAAUUACAAUGAAUUUUGCAGACUCUUGUUUCGUUUCAGAGCUACGGUGCCCUUGAACGAAAUGGUCGAAAAGCCGGGAUAUUUGAAUUGGAUCGAGUUGAUUGCAGAGUUCUCGUUGAAAGCUUUUCAGUCUUGGAAAUUUGCACCAAACACCUCCAUGUAUGUGCUCGGCUUUUGGGCUCGUAUUGUGCAAAGCAUGACUUAUUACCAGCAAUUGGGAGAAUCAGCAGUCGAGAAAUUAGGUAGCAUCACUGUGGAAUUGACUCGCUCCUACAUUUCAACUUCGAUUGAUGCUGUCUCUACUCGUAUUGAAGAAGCUUUGGACGAUCCUUUGGAAAACGAAGAAUCCAUCAUUGAAACACUCAACAUGCUCGGUCAAAUUGCACACUGCAAAUACGAGGCUUCCAGCACUGCGCUUAUCAACCUCUUUGAUCCUAUUACUGUAGAGUACCAAGCAUUGAUCAACCAGACAACCAGCAACAACAUGACCAGCCCUGAGACGUUCAGAGAGGCUUUAGAGGUGAUUGAAACAAAGUUUGCUUGGCUGGUGUAUGUGAUGGCUGCAUUCGUCGGUAAUCGAUCUGCCUUCCUCAACUCUGAAGACUUGGACAAAAUCGACAGUGAAAUCACCACCAAGGUAUUGCAGUUGAUGGAUGUUCAGCAAUCAUUGCAGACGCAGCACGGCAACACAUUCAUGAACGAAAAGCUGGAUUUAGCCUUCAUUUACUUUUUCCAGCAAUUCAAAAAGUCUUACAUGAGUGAAUCCAACGGUCGCGACAUUUAUUCCAAAUUGUCCAAGGUGUUUGGUAUCAGCGAUCAAGUGCUGAUGCUGGAUAUUAUUAUGCGCAAAAUUGUAUCCAACUUGCAAUACUGGGCCGACAAUCAGCAGCUUAUCAGACGCACCUUGGAAUUGUUCAACGAACUAGCCACUGGAUAUGGAGCUUCCAAGAACCUACGCAAAAUCGAAACAACCCGCUUGAUUCUUCAAAAUCAUAUGGCAAGCCAAUUUGCAUUCUGUCAGAACGAAAAGCAGAGCGACAACAGAAUUUUGUACUUUCAAGUGUUAUGCAAACUCCUGUUUGCUGACGACAAUGUGGACGAACGCAUUUUUUACGAAUUCAUGAAGCCAUUCGAUGUUCGCUUCAGCAACUUGGGCCCUUUGAACAGCGUGGAAGCCUUUAGACAGGAGACAACUCGCCGUGCUUUGCGUGAUAUUUUCGUGGAUAUGUGCGGCUUCAUCUCUCCCAUGCAGACGCGAAGACACUUCAUCCUGUUCUUUGAGUGGUUUUACACUGAAUACUCCUCUGUCCUAUUGCGUGCUAUGGAAGCUUGGUCUCCUGAUCCCAUUGUCAGCUCAUUAUUGACCUUUUACUCUGAAUUUGUCCACAACAAGAGUCAGCGUUUGGGCUUCGAGAUAUCGUCUGCCAAUGGCAUUCUCAUGUUCCGUGAUGCAAGCCAAAUUGUGUGCUCCUUUGGCUCUCAAAUCGUCAAGCAAACCAUUACUGACGAGAACCAAAAAUAUGAACUCAAGUAUAAAAACAUCGCAACCUGUUUCAGCAUCAUGUCCAAGUGUUUGGGUGGCCGCUAUAUCAACUUUGGCGUCCUCUGGCUCUACCAAGACAAGGCAAUCAACGAAGCCCUUGACAUGGUCAUACAACUCAUGAUGAAUAUUCCCAUGGACGACUUGAUGAGCUUUCCCAAACUCUCACUGUCAUUCUUCCACUUACUUGAUGAAUUAUCUAGAGAACAGUUGAUGACUAUACCCAGCAUUUCCCCUGAGGCUUUCCUGUACUUGAUGCAAGCUUGUGAACAAGGUGUCGAAUCCACUGAUAGUCUUGUUCGCUCCCAUGCUUGUUCCUCCAUCUUCAACAUUUGUAGCUAUGUUAUUAGGGAAACCGAAAAAGCAGAGAGAGAAGCUCAAAAGCCAUCUACAUCGGACGCUUCCUCAAGAAGAAGAUCUUCUGUCGCUUCCGGCAACAUCAAUCAAAUCGCCGGAAACCACUGGCUCAUGACCUAUCUACGUCAAUUCCCUCAAACUCUACCCACCUUGAUGUCUACGGUAUUCAGCUUAGUGUUGUUUGAUGAUAACAGUGACCAAUGGUCCUUGUCUAGACCUCUGUAUGGCUUAAUGUUGCUCCAACGCGAGUACAUGAUUAGAUACAUCGAUGCCGUUAUUGAGCAACAAUUGCCUGAAAGGAGAGCAUUUGUUACUACUUCUUUGAAUAACCUAUUUGACGGUGUUAACUGGACAUUAUCUCCCAAAGAUCGCGAGAGAUUCACACAAAACGUUUCUUCCUUUAGAAGAUUACUGAAUCUGAACAGUGUCACUCUCGUUCCCUUGGCCACUGCUCCACCUUUUUACUAG